AUGGCUCCUGUCAGCGUCUUUGCAAGUCUUAAAAGUCUGUACACUAAGCAUCAAGAUGAGCCGUCCCUGUCGGUACUGACGGUCGCUCUGCUGUCGGUCACCCUUACUUUGCUCUAUGUGGUGCCUCUCUAUCUGUCGCCGACCACCCGGCCAUCUCCCAGCCUCAGCCGGGAUGCCCCAUCCGUCAUUCGGGCCCGCAUUCGCACCGUUUCUGCGGCUUGCAUCUUGGCUUCGUUGGGCGUCCUUUGCCUGGCCGUUAACCAGGGCAACUGUUCCCUCGGCGCUGCGCUGACUUUCAUGGGUUGGUGGCCGAUCAGCGUCGCCGAUGUUGCCCGCAGCCUGCUCCUAACUGCCAUUUUGUUCCUUGGCCCGCUUUAUGAGCGAGGGAUCGUGGAGGGUGAAUGGCGAUCAUGGUUCCGCUACAGUAAACUCUCUGAAAGCCUAGGAGGCUGGAUUGGUUGGAGAAAUUACAUCGCCGGUCCCGUCACCGAGGAAGUCAUGUUUCGCUCGGCCCUCAUCCCACUGCACUUGCUGGCUCAAGUCUCCCCGGGAUACAUUGUGUUCGUCUCACCGCUGUACUUUGGUAUUGCGCACGUCCACCAUUUCUAUGAGUUCCGUCUUACUCACCCAGAUACCCCGGCGCUGGCCGCUCUGCUGCGAUCUCUUUUCCAGUUUGGCUUCACCACCGUCUUUGGUUGGUAUGCCACUUUUGUCUAUCUGCGUACCUCUUCUCUGCUCGCUGUCAUCCUGAUCCACAGCUUCUGUAACUGGUGCGGUCUGCCACGUCUCUGGGGUCGAGUGGAGACUGGGGAACCUGUUCGUCCACGAUUCACCCGUGGCAAAGAGGAUUCCGAUGGUCACUCUGCCGUGGGUAAUGGUCAGUUGAGCAUCGGUUGGACAAUUGCCUACUACCUGCUGCUGGUUGUGGGUGCUGUGGCUUUUGUGCAAUGCCUCUGGCCUUUGACCAACUCCUACCACGCAUUGGUCUCUUUCUCAUCCUCGACGUCGACGAAAUAA